UGGCGUCGCGUGCUGUUCUGGUGGCAGGAAGCUCAGCGUGCAGCCGUGAGGCAGGUGAACAUGGCGCCAAAUUUGAAAGAUUGCAGGGUGUCUUGUAAACUUUCAUGGGAAGACCUUCAGACUCUGUGCCGCAGAGAGAGGCUACUAUGCAGUCAUUUGGGCGUGAGUAAAGAGAACGUCAAUGACUAUGAGGUGGAGUAUCUGUGUAACUAUAAAAAACGUAAGACUCAAGAGUUCUUUCUGGUGAAGUGGAAGGGCUACACAGAGUCAGAAAACACAUGGGAGCCUCGUAAAAACCUAAGAUGCCCCAAACUCUUGCGCCGGUUCCGACAAGACAUGAGGGCGGCUCUGCUUCAGGCCAACCAGCCCCUCGAUCCAGACUCUUUAAGUCCCUCUAUUUCCUCUUUCCUCACCCAGAAGGCCAAACAGCGCAUACAGCUUCAGAAAUGGGAGGACCUCAUGAACCAGACCUGCAAACAAAAGGGCCGCAUAUUUGUCUGUAAUGAUGUCGACCUGGGUGGACCUCCUAGGGACUUCACCUACAUUAAUGCCAAUAAGUUUGGCAGAGGGGUGGAGGUCAACACAGUGAAAAUGGGUUGUGCGUGUGAUGAUUGUACAUCUCACCCUGUGAAUGGUUGCUGUCCGGGGCUGUUGAGUCAUCGCAGAGCAUAUAAUGACAGCGGGCAGGUGAAAGUGAGGCCGGGUGUACCGAUCUACGAGUGUAACGCCAAUUGUCGAUGUGGGCCGGAUUGCGGGAACAGGGUUGUGCAAAGAGGCAUACAAUAUGAUCUGUGCAUCUUCAAAACUGCCAAUGGUAGAGGCUGGGGUGUUCGGACACUGCAGAGAAUUUUUAAAAACGCCUUUGUUAUGGAGUAUCUUGGAGAGGUCAUCACAACAGAGGAGGCUGAGAGAAGAGGGGUUGUGUAUGAUAAACAGGGCGUCACCUAUCUGUUUGAUCUGGACUUUGUAGAUGAUGUCUACACCCUUGAUGCAGCUCAUUAUGGAAACAUUUCUCAUUUUGUCAACCACAGCUGUGAUCCAAACUUGCAGGUGUAUAAUGUAUUUAUCGACAUCUUGGAUGAGCGACUGCCCAGAAUCGCAUUCUUUGCCAAAAGAGGUAUCAAAGCUGGAGAGGAGCUCACCUUUGACUACAAGAUGACAAUUGAUCCAAUAGAUGCAGAGAGCUCAAAAAUGGACUUGGACUUAAGUCGGGCAGGAUAUGAAGGAUCACCUAUCAAAAGGGUCCAUAUGGAGUGCAAGUGUGGGAUGAAGAAUUGCAGGAAGUAUUUGUUUUAAUUUCCCCCACACAGAGAAUGGGACUUGCACAUAAGCACACAUGCCGUGGCAAGCUUUUAAACUCAAGUUUCUUGAAAUUUAAAUUUUGUAUGUUUUAAUUUGUGCUUUUAUAUGCUGCUUUUAUUAUUCCUUGAAUAUAAUUACAUCAUGCUAGUUUUAAACCUAUUUAU